CGGCGUUCUCUGCAACAACCCCAUCCGCUCGAGUCGAUUCCAUGUGGUGACACCAUUUCCUCGCCCCUUACUCUUUUUUCUUGUCGAAGAGCCACCUCUACCCCGGUUAGUUCGGGGUGUUGUGGAAGGAGGGUCGCAGCUCCCGAAGCUCCAUCAAGCUACGUACGUUAUAUUCGUUAUUGUACCACGAAGAAUCCUUCCACCACCAAGAUCGCGAUCGACUCCACCAACAAAAUCCCUUCGCCAUCAUGGAUUUGCGCACGAUUAUGAACAACGAUGCCUCGGGCACGUCGGAUGCUCCACCAACUGCUCCUCCCCAGUCUCCGUCGCAAGUGUCGCGUAAGCCUUCGGAUCCCAUGUAUGCUCCCCGCGACCAACAACGGACCUCCUCCUAUCCAUCUGCCUACUCGAGUCACCCCCCUCAGCCUCCACCCCUACAACGUCCUCAUGCCUCCCCAGAACGUUCUUCUUCCUAUGGAUCGCUCCAAUCGCCCUAUCAAUACCAUCCUCCCUCCGCACAGGUUGCAGGCGCACAGUCUCAGCGCGGCCCGAGUCCUCCCCCCUAUGGUUCCUCCGCCUCGCGUGACUCGUUCUCUACCUAUGGCCAUCCCCAGCAGCAGCCCCAGCAGCAGCAGUCGCCCUUCGCACAGCAGCGCUCGCAAUCCAUCCAGUCUGUCCUGACCCCCUCGUCUACCUCCACCUACUCAUUUCAUCCCAGGGAAAGCCCGCCAGCGGCUGCUUCACAGUCUUACCCGUCACAGCAAUUCCCCCCUCCAGCCCAAGGUUCCGUACCCAAUACACCGCGAGGUUCUAUUUCUGUUGCUGCAUCCUAUACCCGUCAAACGCCCCCAUCGGCGCGCCCCCAAUCCUCCGGCCAUGAAUCCUUGUCAAAUCGUGCCUCGAGCCCGUGGGUGGGUUCGGACGCUCAGGUUCAUAUGUCGCCAACGGCGAUACCCCGUGUCUCACGACAGGAUUCAAGGCCGCUAGAACAAACCCCGAGACAAAAUUCUUCGGCGACCGACAGAAGGGACUCGGAUGAGAGUGUUAGUCCGAAAACCGCUUUUCCUUCUGGGUCUCGGCAAGGGAGCACGGCCGGAUACACCGACCUAGCGGCGGCCUCUUCUCAACCGAAGCCCACCGAAAAUGGUGUCUCCUUGAAGGAAAGCUCACCCAACCGCCAAACACCCCAACCUGCCCCAGCAGUCUCAAACUUUGACAGCUCACCGCCCGCUCGAAAGUCUCUGACAGACGAUUCCUCUGCGAUCGAUCAAGUCCGCCCGUUGCCAACAAAGAUGGACCUGACUCCAGACGCAAGGACCAAUUCAAGUCCGCAAGCUCCCAGAGUGAAGAGGAGGCGUUAUGAAGAACCGCCAAUCUAUGCCCGAAGAUCAGUACGCACCAAAGGGAGGAUUCCGAUGAUCCCGAACCGCUGUCCACCGAUCCCGAAGCAUGCCAGAAAUUCAACGCAAAAUCCUUUUCUGAUGCGCCAACAAAACGUUUCCGCCCAGGCCUCCGCUGCAGAUUCUCCGGCCAAACCCAAAAGCGAGACACCACCUGUUAAUGGCCCUUCGGCCCCCCGGCGGCCUCCAGAGCCUGCGCAGGCAGGAAGCUUAGGACCGUGGGAACCCUCGAUCUAUGGGUACAUCCCGCACGAGGAGGUCACAAAAGCGGUCUGCGAUUUCUUGUUCCAACAUGUGGUUAUGAGGAACGACGCGUCUGUGGCUCCUGCUGGUACGGCAGGAACCGGUCAGGGAGCAAUGAUCGAGGUGGAAGCCAAACUGGGACAGCUCGUUGACAUGGACAGGGGUGAGAGACUUCUCUUGCCCAUUUCGACCGAAGGUAUUGUGAAUAAGGAAAACACCCGCUUGCGAACUGCGUUCGAGAGCACGAUGACGUUAGCACAACAUCGGGCAAUGAAUAACUUUCUGAACGAAGCCGUGAAGAUGUCUAUGCCGCAAGCUAACCCAGGACGCAUUCCAUUAUCGUACGCACACAAGAAAGAGCGGGAUACCUUUUACGAAAUAUCACCAUCAGAGCUUCCUCCUGUCAUUAGGCAGAAUCUGAAUCCUCGCCAUAAACCCAAGGUGCGAGUAACUUUAGACCAACGAACGGGCGAGGUCCUCGCAAAGAUCGUGAAAUGCCGGAUUGCCGACCUUGAUGUCUACAGUCCUCGCACAUGUGUCGAUUGGCGAAUUAGCGUCAACCUGGAAAUGAGCUACGAAGGCGAUGUCAGCCACCUCACCGUGGUAGAUCCCGGUCGGGGACGCGGCGGAGAGCGAAACAAGGAUCGUAUGAGCUAUCGACAUCUGGCUUACCAGAUCGACCUGACACAAGUGGCCAAAUCAGAGCCACAAUCCAAAGGUGAAUUCGAACAUGAACUCGAAGUUGAAAUCUCCGCCGCUGAGAUCCGCCGUCAGGGUCAGCUCGCCAUGGCUGGCGACCCUAAAAACCAAUACGAAGAGCUUGUUAAGGGAUUUGUGGAUAAUAUUCGCAUCCUUGCACGAGCAGUGCCUCCAUAAAUCUUUUUCAUACCCCUGAAAUUAUUGUCGAUUCGUGUUUACAUCGCACACUACGCCGCCAAAUGGUUUUCUUCCUUUUUUAUUUUUUCUUGCCUCUCACGUAACAUAGAAAGACGACGGCCCUGAAGAUCCCAAAGAAGAACAAACGGAUCUAUGAGAGCUGCAUAUGGAAAACAAAAGUCAAGUUCACAUGGUACAUUCUCUGCCUGAUUGAUUUACUUUAUACCUAUAUGUUUUAAUAAUUGUCAACCACAUAUAUCCUUCUCAUGGAAAGAGAUGAUGAAUGAUGCGUCACGCCCUUUCUUUUUCACUUUUUCGUUCUUUCCUUCUCCCUCCCCAUCCUUCUUGGUCUUCAUCCAGCCGUUCAGAUUCCAUAUGGAUUUCUCAUGGUUAGGAACAUGUGUUUCACUUCUCUUCCCCCUUACCUACCCUUCUCUUGUGACACUAUUACGAUUUGUAUAAUAUAUAUGAAUACAUUGCACUAUAUCAGACAGAGGGUUUGUUAAUAUAUCUACUGUGACUAAAGUGCGCAGCUAACUCA